AUGGCCAGUCUGACAUCUUCGUCGACCGCGACCUCCAGAGGAAUUGCGAGACCAAAUACCGAACAUUUCAUGCUGGAACUAGAGGGAUAUGAUGAGUGGGAUUUCAUCGACGGAUAUGCUCGAGGUUCUGAGGUGUUGGAAAGUGGGUCGUCAGGGUGGACUUUGACACAGGCGACUGACCAAGGUCAAUAUCCUUUCUCGAGGGUCAUCGAGUGCCGACUCGAGUCGCCCAAGUCGCACGUCAGUGCCGAGAGAGAGGCAUCCAAAUCUCAACCGACACUGUUGCUGAAGCCACGGCGAAAGAAUAUCUUGAAGAGUAGGACUCCGAGUCCUUCAGGGGAGGAGCACGGGCAAAAGAACAAUCGCCGUUGGUCAAAAAUCUGGUUACGGCUAUCUCGGCAGCCCACCGAGCGUACCAAGCAGUCAGGGGAAGUCAGGAGAGGUAACGGAGAGUCGUUCAACGGGAGAAAGGAUGUCAACAGUAGGGUUCAAUCCGAGCAGGUGGAAGUCGAUAUUGCGGACGAGGCAUCGACCCAGUCCCAGCCUUCCAGAAUUUGGGUCGCUUUACAAGGCCGAACCUUUCUGGACGCAGAGAAUGGGACAUAA